UAUCUACUGUUACAAAAGGGAUGAAUUUAUUGUGAGCAGAUUUACGGUUUUCGUCUCUGGUACAAUGAAAACCAGAGGUGACUACUCUCCAGAAAAUUGUAUGUUUGAUCACUUACAGAUAUGAUUAGACGCUUCUUCGUCUCUUCUUUAUCAAGGGCACCAAAAAAAUUCGCAAAACCAUUGACAGUAUUGAAAAAACAUAUACAGCAUUUGCAGAGAGUCAAACAAAAUUUAAACACAGUAAUAAGGAUUGGAAAAACAGAGAAUGCAAAAGAAAAACGAAUGGGUUUUUUAGAAAACUUAGUGAAAACUUGCGCAAAUUGUGUGAAGACGAGCAGUUGAAAGAAGCCUUAGAUGUGGUUUUGAAAAUGGAUAAUUUUGAAACGAGGCUUGAUAAACACGCGUAUGUUUUGUUGUUAAAAAGUCUGUGGUAAUUUGAGAGCAUUGGCAGAGGGAAAAAUUGUGCACACCCACAUGAUUUUAAGUGGAAUUGAGGAGGAAUCUUUUGGGUGUAAUAAGCUUGAUAUAAUGUAUGUGAAAUGCUGGAGUUUGGAUUUUGCACGUCAAGUGUUUGACAAAAUGCCUAAACGGGAUGUGGUUUCCGAGACUGCCUUGAUUGCAGGAUACGCGCAGAGUGGAAGAAUUAAGGAUGCACGCCAAGUGUUUGACGAAAUGCUUGAGCGAAAUCUAAUUUCGUGGAAUGCGAUGAUUGCGGGGUAUGGGUGGGCUGGUUAUGGUGUGGAGGCUAUUAAACUUUUUAAUCAUAUGGGAGUUGGGGACGUGAAGGCGAAUCACUUUACGCUUUCGAAUGUUAUCAGCAUUUGCGGAGGGUUAAAAGCUUUGGAGCAUGGCUUGCAGGUUCAUGGUCAAAUCAUCAAGAUGGGAUUUGAGUCAGGUGUUGCUGUAGGGAAUGCUCUUAUUGAUAUGUAUGCUAAAUGUGGGAAUGUGGAUGCGGCAUGCUCUGUAUUGGGUAAUAUGCAUGACCAAGAUGUUGUUUCGUGGACGGCUAUGAUUGCGGCAUAUGCACAAAAUGAUAAGAUAGAUGAUUGAUAGAAUGUUUGAGAAAAAUGUGGUUUCGUGGAAUGCAAUGAUUGCAGUUUAUAUUCAGAAUGGUUUUGAUGAGGAAGCCCUGUCGCUUUUUGAGGAAAUGCAGAGGAAUGGGAAGAAACCAAAUCAGUCCACCUGUGUGAGUAUGCUGAAGGCGUGUGCAAGUUUAAUUGAUCUAAGAAAAGGAAAUCAGGUCCAUGGAUACAUCAUCAAAAUGGGAUAUGAUUCGGAUGUCCAUGUGGGGAGUACUCUUACUGACUUGUAUGCCAAAGGCAAAACUUUGAACGAUGCGUGCAAAGUGUUUGACACAAUGCCCGCUCGAAAUACGGUCACAUGGUCUGUUAUGGUUACUGGGUAUUUGCAGCAUAGAAAUAUUGAUGAUGCAGAACACCUAUUUCAUAAAAUGCCUGAACGAAAUGUAGUUUCCUGGAAUGCAAUGAUUGCGGGAAGUGCUCAGAAUGGGUUAGUUGAUGUUACAUUGAAACAUUUUAUACAAAUGCAAUGUGAAGGCAUAGAGCCAGAUGAGUCCACCUUUUCAAGUGUCAUCAGUGUAUGUGCCAAUUCGUAUGCAUUAGA